GGCUCUCCUGGAUCUUGUUCUUUGCCAAUUCAUCUCUCACAGCCAACUUGAUGUUGACGCGACAACACCUAACUGCUAUUUCUCCAUUCUCGUGCUGGUUCUUCCUCCCAAAAUGGCGCUCCGCCCUAUCUUCGCCGCAACACACCCACGUGCUUGCUCUACGGCCUUCGAGAGGGUCUUCAUGACUCGUCGUGACAUUUUGGAGAGCAUUCACGAACCUUUUGGUGAUGCAUUUUACUUCGGUCCCGAGUUUCUAAGCGAUCGCUUCCGAGACGAUGUCGCCACGCGCCAGUCUAGCGGCUAUGCCGAAAAGACAUACAAGGACAUCCUCGAUUCCAUCACGGAGGCAGAAAAAGAGGGCAAGCGCAUAUUCAUCAAGGAUAUGGCGUAUUAUCUCAUGAAAUCGGACAGCAGGCCGACCCAGAUCGCGCCGUCUCUUGGCGAGGAGGAGCUGGACAACCCCACGGUGUUGCCCCUCGAGGUUCUGAAAAAAUUCCAGUUCACCUUCUUGAUCCGUCACCCUCGUCGGGCCAUCCCCUCGUAUUACCGGUGUACAGUCCCCCCUCUGGACGAGGUCACUGGUUUCUACCACUUCAUGCCCAAUGAGGCUGGUUACGAGGAGUUGGUCACCUUGUUCGACUUCCUGCUCGAGACGGGCAUCGUCAACAAGGACCAGCUGGUCAUCGUCGAUGCCGAUGAUCUCCUCGACAACCCGGAGAAGACGAUCCGUCUCUACUGCGAGAAGACGGGCAUCGACUUCAAGCCCGAGAUGCUCGACUGGAACGACUCGGACAAGACGCACGCCCGCGACGCCUUUGAGAAAUGGAACGGCUUCCACAACGACGCCAUCAAGAGCUCUUCUCUCAAGCCCCGCACCCAUGCCCAGAAGACUUCCACGACCGAGUCGGAGGACAAGGAUUGGACGGCCAAGUGGGGUCCGGAGGCGCAGAAGGUGAUCCGCCAGACCGUUAACGAAAACGUCCCCCGCUACGAAUAUCUCAAGCAGUUUGCGCUCGAGAUUUGAACAUGGACAUGUUAUUUUCGUGCUUGUGCUUUUCACGCGUUUACGAAUUGAAAUGGAGGAACUCUGCUUGCAGUUUUCAAUAAUGUCGGAUUGUUGUUACACACUAUGAUACAACAACGUCUUGGCUCUACGCCUUCAAUGUUUUUAUACAACCAGAUUUGAGAACCCUUCUCUAUAUCA